AUCGGGCGGGGGUGGGCCCGCAUUUUUUUUCCGCCAAAGUGUAUAAACUCGUGCGUCUUGGUCGAUACAUAAUUUUGCAGUAGUUCACUUCACUCACUGCCAACCGAGGUGGUUCGAUGUCUUGAUUUGUAUGUAGCCUGCGGCGCAAUUGUCUGUGAUUUAAGCAAUCGGAUUUUGGCCUUUCUAGUCGGUGCGGAAUUUUGAAUCGAAGUCCUGUCGGUUGUGGGAAAAAUUGUGUCAAGCACUGAGAGAUUGUCUUGCUCGGUGCUGGAGUGUUUGAGACCGUUUGGUUCUGUUUAGGAACAGGUUUCUGCUUCUGGCUGACAACGUUGUCGAACGGGUGACGGCCUUGCGCUUUAGUGAUUCUUUGUAGAAUUUUUACAGUUUGUGCUAGGAGGUUGGACUAGUUCGUUCAGCUUCGAUGCACGGAGAUUUCGGGAGAGUCGUCUUGGGAAUUUGGAUCGAUUGUCGUAACUACCUCUGUCUUGUAUUCAGACAGCAGCAACAGUGUUGGUACGGUUGUUUGUGAAGUCGCUGAGGAUUCUUUGAUAUCUUUUGUUGAGUUGGUAAUCUUUCAUGAUAAAUAUCGAGAAGCGAAGGAGAUCCGUCCUUUGAAGAGCUUGAUGCAUGAAAAGCCUCACUGUUCUUGUUAACUUUCCGUUGACCUAGCGAACAUUCGAAUUAUUAGAUUUUUCUCUAUGUGUUGCUCAAUUGGAAGAGCGCCAACAAAGUGGAGCGAGCAGGGGUUGGGAUUAGUAUUCCACUCGGGAAAGUGUAACUCAGAAAAGUUCUAAUAUAAAGAGAAGGAUAGAGAGAAGCCUUGGUCAGCUUAUCAGAAAAAUUAAGAUUUAGAGCUCCUCCACAUACCUCGCUGAUUUAUUUCCACGUUGGAUAUGGAUCGCACCUCUUCCAUUGACAACUUCCUGAGUACUUUCUGGGGCGAAUCGUCUGCUGCUACUCUGGUGAAGAGCGGCAUGGAUCGUAGUGCCUAUGAAUUCUCCUUCCAAGAAUUUUCUAAGGAGAACACGAUUGCUGCUUCCUGCGGAGGAAACUGCCCAAAGAACCGCUUUCAAAAAUCUCAGUCCAAUGAGAUGCGGGAUCACGAUGAACAGAGCUCUUACAAUCUUCAAAUGUCGGGAAGAUUCAGUUCAGAGUUUACUCCAUUCAUGUUGGCGAGUGCUGAGGACCUCCUACCCAUGAACAACGCCUUAAACUCUGUCGAGGUCGACGACGCAGUGGUGAUUGAGGAUGCGCUAAAUCCCAUGUUUUCUGUUAUUCAAGAUGACGCCGAAAGAAUAUACUCGACUUUCUCCACUGGUGCAGCAUCCGUGGGCGACUCCAGCAGCCAGGAAUAUGAGGUCUUUCUCCAACAGAAGUUGGCAAUGGCGUGCGCUGCAGCGGCUCUCUCCAGAGUGAGUGGCGAGGGAGGACGUAAUGAAGGUACUUCGCGAACGAAAUUUGCGAUCGAAUUAUCUGCCACUAGCACUUUGGCAAGCAAAGUUCGGUGUGCACGUGUGGAUGUUAAGCCGUCGUCGCCAAAACCUGAAGUGGACGCAUCAACCUGGAAGCUCAAACUUACCACCAGCGGUUCAGAACUUUCUGAUGACGAAGAACAUGACAUGCUGAAUGAAAAUUUAUCACGAGGUGACCUUAAGCGUGUAAAGAGAAUGCUUUCAAAUCGUGAAUCUGCGAGACGCUCACGCAGAAAGAAACAGGCGCACUUGAGUGACCUAGAAACGCAGGUUGCGCAAUUGAGGGCCGAAAAUUCCACGCUUCUGCAAAGAUUGCAAGAGAUCACUUACAUGCACAAAGAUGCAUCUGUUGAUAACCGUAUUCUGAAGGCAGAUGUUGAAGCGUUGCGUGCCAAGGUGAAAAUGACAGAAGGUAUGGUGGCCCAGCAGGGUCAACCUAUGGUAAAUUUCAUUCCUGACUCCAAUUUGAGCUUUAUCUCCCCGAUCAUGAUAAGUGAGAGACCACUUCCGCAGCAAAUGAGGCACAGCUCAAUGAUGCGUUACGAUCAGCAACAACAGCAUCCAUGCAGCAUUGGGGGUAAGAUAUGGCGUUCGCCAUCAAUGCAACGGAUUGCCGGUCUGGAGCAUAUGCGUGUCCGCAAUGGGAGUUCCUGCAAUACAGCGGCUUGGGGUGGUUGGGAAAUGGAUAAACCUGCCAUCGUGCAGGGACAUGGCAUCUGAUUAAUGCCUCCACACUAAGAUGUCGAAGAGUGAAAUCGAUGUAUCCACCAGUUAUUUCGCGUGUAUUAGUCAGGAACAAGAGUCUAGGGUAAGUGGAAAAUGUUGAGAAAAUGACGUUUAUGCUCCAGAAAUACAGAGGGUUUCUUAAUUGGAAGGGUGCACAUAAUAUGGCUAGUGCGUGAGAGGUUGCGUAUCAUGCAUAAAAGCUCGUAGUCUGAGAUUGAUAUUGAGACUUGAAAAUAGUUGUUGCGGUUAUGAUGAACUGAGAAGCUGAGCGUGUUGCCUAGGUAUUGCCACAAUAGAAAGUAUUAAAUUUUAAUUUUUUCCGUAUUUGAAUAGUUAUUCACCUACAGAUAGCUCGUCUGAAUUGCUCAUGUUAAAUCCCGCAUUGAAUUUGAUCAUGUCUGCGACUCUCUUACACA